AUGCUCUUCGCCGAGGACGACAAGCUCGUCUUCCGUUUCGACGACCACAUCCUCUGGGUGCAGCCAUGGGGCGAGAAUGCCUUCCGCGUGCGCGCAACUAGACAGGCGACAAUUCCAACAGAGGAUUGGGCCCUCUCCUCCAAGCCCUCCAGCCCCAGCCCAACCAUCGAGAUCUCCGCUGACCAAGAAGCGACUAUCACCAAUGGCAACAUCACAGCAACUGUGUCCCGCCGAGGCAAGCUCAUCAUCUACGACUCGAAGGGAAAUAAACUCCUGGAGGAAUAUUCCCGCAACCGCAAAGACCCAAUGGACCCCAAAUGCAGUGCAUUGGAUGUCGAGGCCCGCGAGCUGCGUCCAAUCCUGGGCGGCGACUACCACCUCACCAUGCGCUUCGAGUCUCUCGAUCACAAGGAGAAGAUCUUCGGCAUGGGCCAGUACCAGCAGCCCUACCUGAACCUGAAGGGUACAGAUCUCGAGCUGGCGCACCGCAACUCCCAGGCCAGUGUUCCUUUCGCGGUUUCCUCCCUCGGCUACGGCUUCCUGUGGAAUAACCCCGGCAUUGGACGGGCAAUUCUGGGAACGAAUGUCAUGAGCUUUGAGGCGUACUCGACCAAGGCAUUGGACUACUGGGUUGUGGCGGGUGACACCCCCGCGAAGAUUGAAGAGGCCUACGCCAAGGUGACCGGUUAUGUUCCAAUGAUGCCAGAAUACGGUCUUGGUUUCUGGCAGUGCAAGCUCCGCUACACAAACCAGGAGCAGUUGCUCAAUGUUGCGCGCGAGUACCGUCGCCGCGAAGUUCCUCUGGAUCUGAUUGUCAUUGACUUCUUCCACUGGAAGCACCAAGGAGAAUGGAGCUUUGAUCCUGAGUUCUGGCCCGACCCAAAGGCCAUGGUCAAGGAGCUCAAAGAGAUGAAGGUCGAGCUCAUGGUCUCCAUCUGGCCCACGGUCGAAAACGCCUCCAAGCACUUCCCCGAAAUGCUCGAGAAAGGCCUCCUCAUCCGCCACGACCGCGGCCUACGCGUAGCAAUGCAGUGCGACGGCGACAUCACGCACUUCGACGCGACAAACCCCGAAGCCCGCGAAUUCGUCUGGAGCAAAGCCAAGCAGAACUACUACGACAUGGGCAUCAAAGUAUUCUGGCUCGACGAAGCCGAGCCCGAGUACUCCAUCUACGACUUCGAUAUCUUCCGCUACCAAGCCGGCAGCAACCUGCAGAUCGGAAACACCUACCCUAAAGAGUACGCACGUGGAUUCUACGAAGGCAUGGAGGCCGAGGGCCAGACCAACAUCGUCAACCUGCUGCGGUGCGCGUGGGCCGGUAGCCAGAAGUACGGAGCGCUCGUGUGGAGCGGCGACAUCGCGUCGUCGUGGAGCUCGUUCCGCAACCAGCUCGCCGCAGGCCUGAACAUGGGCCUAGCUGGUAUCCCAUGGUGGACGACGGAUAUCGGCGGAUUCCACGGCGGAAACCCGUCCGAUCCUUUGUUCCGCGAGCUGUUCACGAGAUGGUUCCAGUGGGGAACGUUCUGUCCUGUUAUGCGGCUGCAUGGUGAUCGCGAGCCGAAGCCAGAGGGACAGCCCACGGCUGAGGGAGGCGAUAAUGAGAUCUGGUCUUACGGCGAUGAGGUUUAUGAGAUCUGUAAGCGGUAUAUUUGGAUCCGUGAGCAGAUGCGUGAUUACACGCGCGAGUUGAUGCGCGAGGCGCAUGAGAAGGGUACUCCUGUUAUGAGGACUUUGUUCUAUGAGUUCCCGGAGGAUAAGCGGGCUUGGGAGGUUGAGACUCAGUAUAUGUAUGGAGCAAAGUACUUGGUUGCGCCUGUCUUGGAGGCUGGUCAGCGUACCAUGACGGUCUAUCUGCCAGCUGGGGCAUCAUGGAAGUUCUGGGAUGGUGUGUAUGAGGGCGGUCGCGAAGUUGAGGUCAAAUGCCCGAUUGAUAGUAUGCCUGUCUUUUGCCGUCAAUAG